AUGUCCCCAAACAGUAAAACCAUAAACCCUAAUGCUCAUGCACGUAAUGCGCAACAGCCUAAUCACACAAAAGUUUGUCCUAAAUCAUCUCGAGACGAUGGCGUGAUCUUUGAUCUUGAUUCGUAUUCGGAACCUGAGUUGCAGGAACUGAAGAAAAAAUUCAUCUCUAACGUCGAACGGAUUCGAAGUUUUGUAAAACAGAUCGAGGCUCGUGAAUCGAACUCUGUUGCUAAAAAACGUGCAAUGCCUAUGAUUCCGGAUAAAGAAAAUAAUGAAAAAUAUAAUUUGGACUCGACAGAGAGUCGAAGAGUUGAGGCAGCAAUGAUGAAGAAGUGCGGUGUGAUAUUGGAUAAUUUGAUGAAACAUAAGCAUGGUUGGGUGUUUAAUAAGCCGGUGGAUGUGGUGGCAUUGAGGCUUUCGGAUUAUUAUGAGGUUGUUAAGAGGCCAAUGGAUCUAGGUACUAUUAAGUCGAAGCUUGGUAGGCGUGGUUAUAGAAGUCCUCAUGAUUUCGCGAAAGAUGUUAGAUUGACUUUUGAAAAUGCUAUGUUGUAUAAUAGGAAAGGAGAGGAUGUUUAUGUUAUGGCGUCUGUUUUGAGUGAAUUGUUUGGUAAACUGUUUGAUCCGGCUUAUGAGAGGUAUGAGAAUGAGCGUAGAAGUGUGAUUGUUGAACACGAGAGAUUUGAGAGACAAGAAGCUGCUGAAAAAUAUGUGGUGAAGAAGCAGAGGAGAGUGGCAGAGGAGUUGGAAAAUCGGGUGAAGAGAUGGGAAAUGAGUGUUGAGGAAAGGGAUCGGUUGGGGCAUGCGUUGCAAGACUUGAUUGGGGAGUAUUUGGAUGAGAUAUUGCAGAUUGUGGCCAAGCGGAAUCCUGAAAUGAUUAAACCUGAUGCAGAAGGGGAAAUUGAGCUCGAUGUUUUUGCUCUUGACAAUGAGACCUUGUGGGAUCUUGAUAGAUUUGUGAGACUUAACCCAAAGGCUGGACAGAAGAAGAAGGCUAUAUAA